AUGGGUUUAGUCGGCGGUCUUCUCAAACUGAUCAUUAUCCCAAUUCUGGCGUUCAUAAUUAUAUCUUUGAUAAUAGUCGCUGUGGUUUACUUUUCACGCGCAAAAAAGAAUAAAGAGUUAGAACUGGAAGCAAAUCAGUUCCAGCCACCGCCUAUCCAACGAUGGGUAUUUGACCCCCAGCAACAGGCGCUGCAGCAGACUAUCAUACAACAGCAGCAGGAACAACACCAACAAAAACAACAACAGCCGGGAUCACCACAGCCACCGCCUCAGGUGCAUAUACAAUAUCCAAGUCCUGUUGCUGGUGGGCCUCCGAGUUACUAUACCCCAGCAACCAAUGGCCAUGCACAGUAG